AUGGUGGAGGACGACCUCGGCAUCCCGGCGGAGUUCCAGCGCCGCAUGAUCGCGCAGAGCCCCGGCGUCGAGGUGGAGGCCAUGACCGCUGGUGGGGCCGACCACAUGGCCAUGCUGUCCAGGCCUCAGGAGCUGGUCGACCUCCUCGUCAGGAUCGCCAUCCAUGGAGCGUGA